AUGCAAACCGCAUUCCGAGAAAAGCGCCGCCCAUUUCUCCUCGACAAGCGACUUGCUGACUUUCAGAAGUUCGGUACGCUCGAAGUAAGAAAUGGUCUCAGCGUUCCAGAAGUCUCGAUAGAAUUCUCGAUCGGCGAAUCUCAAAAGUUCGGCGACAAGAUUCAAGAAGGAGUGGAAGAAUGUGUAGAAGAAGAGCAACCAGAUCAAGUGAUUCGGAAUCGCCAGUUUCAGAAGACGUUCCAUGCAUCGUGGCAACUCCAUUUCACUCAGUGGCUUCAUACUAUUCCUUACAGUUGGCACAACCCAUUGUUGAACUAA